CGUAGUGCCUGGCGGUGUGAUCUGCGCGAUGUCUUUGGAACUCAUUCCCUUUGAGAUGCUAUUUAUGGGAGCUGCUUCGAACUACAGUACAGUAAUUGGAAGAUACCCAGGGGAGGGAGGACUUGUCUACAUACCGGUUGUGGAGCGGGCUAAAAAAGUUACGAGGAGGUCCGGUAUGCCAUUUGAAUGUGGCACCAGGCCAAUUGUGAAUGAUGUAGAAGAGGGUAGUCGGAUUAUCGGUGGACAUGAUGCUCAGCUUGGUGCAUGGCCAUGGCAAGUUAGUCUGCAAGUCUUCUUCAGAAGUGUAGGAUAUCGCCAUAUUUGUGGUGGAUCUUUAAUUAAUAACAACUCAGUGCUUACAGCAGCCCACUGCAUUAGAAAUUAUGUGAAUCCAGAUAUUUGGAGGGCCGUGAUUGGCUUGCAUAAUCUUUAUAAAGCUCACUCCUAUACUGCAAAGUACCAGAUCAGAGCUAUUGUGGUCCAUUCAGAUUUUGAAUUUGGGACAUAUGACAAUGACAUUGCCUUGUUUAAACUAAUAAAGUUUGUCAAGUACAAUGAUUUCAUCCAGCCUGUCUGUUUACCUAACACUUAUCUUCACCUCACAGCUAAGAUCCCAUGUUUCAUAAGUGGAUGGGGACGCACAACAGAGAGUGGUAAAGGUGAACAAAUAUUGCAGGAAGGUCAAGUUGACAUUAUUCCUCUGAAUGUCUGCAACAGAUAUGACUGGUAUGCAGGGACAAUAUCAUGGAAUAUGAUUUGUGCUGGUUCUGCAAGUGGACGUGUUGAUAGCUGCCAGGGAGACAGUGGUGGUCCUCUGGUGUGCUAUUUCCCAGGUGUCACCAAGUUUUAUCAAAUAGGAAUCACCAGUGCUGGAGUUGGCUGUGGCAGGCCAAAGUUUCCUGGAAUAUAUACAAAUACAAUAAGAUAUAGACGCUGGAUUAAUUCACAUCUGCUUAACAAAACCAUCAAUGUGACCAUUGAACUUUUCUUGCUCUUUCUGACAGUUGGGUGCAUAACACUGCACAUUGUUGAUGAGAUCUGGCAGAGAGAUAAGGAGUCACCCUCUGAGACCUUACAAAGGCUUAGAGCAGGCAUUGCCAAAUACACCAGAUCAAACCCAGAGGAGUGUAUUAGUCAUUCAGUCCCAGACAUCAGGCGAAAACUCACUAAAAUGGAUGGAAGUAUAGGGCUGCCCACGGCUGCGUUACUGCAUGUAGAUCAGCAGGUUUAUUCCAACCGGCAAGUGAAAAAGGAGAAGGGCAGGAAAACAGAAGCAGCCCCUGAAGAGUCGCGUCAAGGAGAGGGCCAAGAACAGACAAGCCCACCAGACAAGCAAGCUCUCCCUGAAAGAAAGCCUCGGCUCGUUCUCGCCUGCCAGCCUGCCUGCCCGCCCGCUCCCGCCCGCCACGUGACAGCACCGGGCGCGCCAUCUUGUGUCCUGGACGGGACGAUGCGGUGGCGCUUCCGACCCGCGGCCGAUUCCUUUUGGGCGCUGGUUGUGCUCUUGAGCGAAGCCUUGCUCACCGAGGGUUCUUCAGAAGAAUGUGGAACAAGGCCAGCUUUGGAUGAGAUGGAAACAGGGACUCGGAUUAUAGGUGGACAAGACGCACAGCCUGGGGCGUGGCCAUGGCAAGUUAGUCUUCAAAUUUACCGCCUUGGUAUAGGAUAUGUCCAUGUAUGUGGUGGGUCUUUGAUUAAUAACAACUCAGUGCUGACAGCUGCACACUGUGCCCGAAAAAGAAUGAUCCCAGAUGUUUGGAGGGCUGUGAUUGGUUUGCAUCAUCUUUAUUAUCACAGGAAUCAUACUAUAAAGAGCCGGAUUAGGAUUAUCACAAUCCAUUCUGACUUCAACAAGAUCACCCUUGAACACGAUAUUGCCUUGUUUACAUUAAGCAAGUUCAUUACAUACAAUAAUUAUGUUCAGCCUAUCUGCUUACCUAAUAUUUCUCUUCCCCUGAAUAAAGAGACUACAUGUUAUAUAAGUGGAUGGGGAGUGAAAAGGGAGAAUGGUUCACGUAGUCAAAUAUUACAAGUUGCUGAAGUAGAAAUUAUUCCCCGAAAAAUCUGUAAUAGUUUUGACUGGUAUGAGGGAAUGGUAUCAAAGAAUUAUCUUUGUGCUGGCUCUGAAAGUGGGCGUGUUGAUAGCUGCAAGGGAGACAGUGGUGGACCUCUAAUGUGCUGUUUCCCAAAUGACAAGAAGUUCUACUUGAUAGGAAUCACCAGUCAUGGCUAUGGUUGUGGCCGACCCAGACUUCCAGGAGUUUAUGUACAUUUAGCUAAGUACAGGAAAUGGGUGGAUUUAAAACUUCGCAGCAAAACUACCGCUAAGUGCAUUCAACACAUACUUCUCUUUCUGACUAUGAUAAUCUUCCAUUAUACUAAAAUUACUUUGGAUUAUGUUUUAACCUUACUACUUUCUUUUAGUAUGUAGGUAUUUUGAAGUUGGUUAUUUAAACAGUUACUUAUUUUGUCUCCCAGAUUUUCACAAAUCUAUUUCAUUUAUAAUUUAAAAAUACAGACCCAAAGACAGUCAUUUCUGUAUUUUAUGUGCUAUAAAUUACCUGAUAUCAUAUGCUUCAUAAUGAGCUAAAAUAGAGAAAGCAUAAUUUAUAAAACAUACUUAAACCUAUCAUCAACCAGUGUUGUAAUAAAUUGUAAUCUAUUACUGUCUCCCUUGCCAACAAAAAAUUAAAAUAACACAUUUAAUUAACAAUUAUCUUUGCUAAUACAGUAUAAAGGACAGGCAUGUACAUGCCAGAUGUUGCCAUGUUAUCUGCAGCAUUUUGAAAACAAGAUAUCCUGUACUUAAACACAGAUGUCCUGCUUCAAAACCAGAUUUAAUAUGUCUUCACUCCUUCAUUUACUAUUGCAUCAGAAUAAAAAUGUGAACAUUACUACAAAAAAUAAAGAGUUCAGUCUUCAAGUA